AUGACACUACGCACUCCACGUCGUCGUAUAUCACCCCGCACUAAACGCCGGUAUCGCGCCAUUAAGGAAUUCUUGCGACGAGCUCUGGGCACAACGUCACAGCCAGAUACUAAAACAAACUCAAAUAUUUCAGUUAGUGUCUCAGAUCUAAAACAUAAAAUUGUAGGUAUAGAAAAACAGCUAGACCAAGUCAGCCAGCACUGUCGGAACCUAAUAACUGUUGAUGACGGCACAAGGUGCGAAAGUACUACAAGAACUCUACAAAAUAAUGAAAGCAAAAAUAACAUUCAAAAUAUUCCAAUAAAGAUAAAUCCCGUUGAAACAAAAGUUUUGUACAAAACAUCUGAAAAUUUGUAUAAAAAUUGUGAAGAGAGUGACUUUACGAGUAGGAUUUCUAAUUUAUACAAUGAACAGUCAUUAACUCAUCAAACAAACAAAUCAGCGCCUAAAAUUGAUUGUCAUAAUGUUAGAAACAAAAAGAAAAUUAGAAAAUGUGAAAAUGAAUUACAUGUAGUGAAUGAAAUCGUCUCUAAUUCAAAAAGACGGAAAAAAGCGUUGACUUUCGAUAAUAAUAAACCACCCUUUUUAACAGCAAGCUACUACUCGUCUAUUGACUUACUAAAACCAGAUAUUCCUACGCGAAGGCACGAAAAAAGACGACCAAAAAUUGAAUACAAUGAAGAAAUUAUUAAGAAAGAUUCAAAUAAAAACAAAGAAGUUGAAGAAAGAAACAAUAUUGAACUCAUACUGAGAAAGAACGAUGAAAGAAGUAAAAGAAAAAGAUAUAAAUCAGACAAAAAAGAGCUUGAUAAAGAUUUCAUAGCUGAUAUUAUUAGACGGCAGUACAAACCGGUUAAAUUAUUUAACAAAAGAGAAUCUGAUCUCAGCCAAUUGUCGGCUCCUCUUUGUCGUGAUCAAGACUUCUCUGUGUAUGAAAAUAUACAAGAAGGCAGUGAAUUAUGUUCGUGUUGUUUUGAUGAGCCCAUAAAUAAUGAACUGGUAGGGUAUAGACGUAGAAGUGAUAGUAGUGAUGUGAGAAGUAUAUGUGACACAAGAUUGUACAGCUCUAAAAGAUAUCCACGUCUCAAACAAAAUCGUAGAAAUCAGGAAUAUUAUAAUGACUCUCUAUAUGACCUAGUUCCAGUUAAAGAAAAAUCUAGUCCAAAAUCUAGAAGGAAGUUUGCCAACGAUAACAUAAUUUCAUAUGAUCACUAUAAAGAAGUUCCUCCGUCGCCACGGUCGUUACGUCCAAGACUGAACCUUAAAGCACAACACUAUGAUGAAUUGGAUAAUUCUAGCCCAUAUGUUACCCACUCCCAUCAAAAGAUGUUAUUAGAAAAAUCAAAAACACAAAAUAUUAAUAAAAAUUUAAAAAAUCACGACUUAUCCGAUUUUGUAAUCCCUGAAAACAAUGAGGUCUUAAUACAGACUUCUCCGAGCCUAGAGCCACCGAAUUUUCUAAAUCAAAAUGAUGUAGAAGAUGAAUCUUUGCAGUAUCCAUCAUUUGCACAAAACCCAACAAAUUCGCUAGUAAAUGAUUUAUCAUUUAACAAAACGCAAGAAAUAGAUAUUUGUGUUGAUAAAACAGACAAAGCUCUUUGCGAAAUCAAGGAUAUACUUCAAACUUUUUUGGAAGAAAUGAAAAAAGAAACAACAAGUGAUAAAUCUGACGCGUUUGAUAAGACUUUAAAUAAAAGUGAAAAUCAAAAACAAGAUAUUCAAAAAACUAAUGUUCCGAUGUUCCCAAAUAGUAACCAUAGUUUCCACUAUACAAAUGAACCGUUUGCCGGUAAACCAUGUGUACCAGCAUUUCCAAAUGCUUGUUGUUAUCCUUUACUUCCAAUUUGCCCUAUAAAUUGCGUACAAAGUGGCUAUGUUAUGCCAAGCCAAAGUUACACUUGUGCCGCUUGUAAUACUCUUCCUAAAGAAGCUGUUGGCCAAGAAAAGGAAGUAACAAUAAACUUAGACACUGCUAAAGUCAAAAAUGAUGAAACUCAGCAACUUAUAAAAGAAAUCUAUAAUUUUGUAAAACAGAGUCCAAAACCUAAAGUAAAUGCAGAAUUGCGUGACGUUAGCAUUGAAAAUAUUGACGCAUUGGAAGAAAAACCAGAAACUAAAUUAUUAACAUCGAGAAGUGUGGGUGCCGGCUCGAAUAUGUCCGUACAUGACGUUAAAGUCGGCACUUCUCAAAUGAAAUGCUACUCCAAAAGCUGUGAGGCUUUUGGAUCAAAGAAGGCUGACGACAAUUUAUAUAGUAAUGGUAGCUAUUCGGAUACAAUCUUGGAGAAACUUAGUCUAGAAGCAGCUGCAGCACAAGAAUCUGACUUUGAUUUCAGUAGUAUUCUAGACAUGAAAGUGAAGCCCAGAAAACAGAAGACAUUCUCCAAAGUUUUACGGUCAUUUGGCAGUUUAUUGAAAAAGAGAAAAAAAGACGUGAUAGAAGAACUAAGUGAGAGUGAGAGUACUGUUGAAGAAGACAUGAACCCAAUUUCACCCUUCAGACAGCAGGUGACAAAUUAUAUGAUGCGCGGCGAGGAGUACUACCAGCAACCACCCUUCCCACCCAAACAUGCGUAUCAACCUAGACCACCUGAAUGUUCCUACCGGCAAUCAGUUGGACUAGAGUCGAGGCAUGGUUAUCAACAUUUACCACCCAAACAUGCAUUUGAUCCCUAUGCACCAAUGAUGCACCAUGGCUCGCAAUAUCAAGGCACAUCACCCUCUUAUACUACUUCUUUCGAUAACCAUUAUAAUCAAAUUCCCCCUCAAGUUCCCUUGUGCCUAAAAGAAAUUGAAGUAAAAAGUAUCGGCACGCAAAGCGAAAAGAAACAGUCCUUUUUUUGA